AGCUGUAGCACAAAAGAACCCUUCGGUCCAGUACUAUGCAGGUGUGGGAGUUAAUGCUUAUGUCUCUGUGCACCUCUCCUUCCUGCCUGAGGCAGAGAGACGUAACACACGAGCUGUGGCUUGUACUUUCUGCCCGGAGUUUGAGCAUCACGUAGAGUUUCCUUGUAACCUCAUCAUUCAGAAAAGUAGCGGAGAAGCCUCUUGCCUGGGGGAACUCUUGCAGUCUGCCAAUAUUGUCUUCUCUAUCUACCAUCAGAGCACCAAGUCAGCUCCUGAGACACUGGCAGCUCGAACAUCAAGAGAUUAUCUUCUUGGGACAGUCACAGUUCCAACCAGAGACCUGCUGAGAAAAAGAUCAGGUAUUACAGGCUGGUACCCAGUUACCCUGUCCGAAGAUCUAAUGCCUUCACACUGCACAAACAUCAUGCAGGCCAUUGUGGGAGGACUGGAACUUUCUGUUACCUUUGCUCAUCAGGAUGACAGAGAGCGUGUUUUGGAGGCCGCUAAGCUCUUAGGAUGGAAUAGUGAGGAGAGCCCUGAAGACAGCAUGGAUGAUAGCGACGAGUGGGAGCGGAGUGCCAGUCCAGCGACUGUGAUCAUCUCAAUGCCAAGAGUGUGGCUGCCAGUCCACUGUGUGCUGCUUGCAGGUCAAACACACCUAAAUAACAGCACUUAUUGCUACCUCAGGUAUAAGCUAUAUAAUCAGGAAGCCACGUGGACUUUGCUUCAGAGGCCAAAAUUGAGUGACGACGCAAAGAACGUUACAGUGAACUUUAAGAAACCAAACAAGGUGACUCUCAGAAGGAGCCAAGGACUGCUCUGGUUCUUCAGAGAGGAGAAAUUAGAAAUCCAGGUGUGGUGGGCAUAUGGUAAAGAAAAUGAUGUGGAAAGACCACUUGAUACAGAUCGUCUUAUUGGAUCUGCCUAUGUCGACCUUGCAUCAUUAGCAGAGAGGUCAAGGACAACACUAAGCGUUAGUGGGGUUUAUCCAUUGUUCAGAAGCAAUGCUGCAAACCUAGCAGGAGCUGCUGUACGUGUUCACAUCGUCCUUUCUUCUAGUUCUGCUGCUCUGCCCAGCAGGCUUCGCUGUGCUGAGGAAUACAGCAACAGUGAAGAUGAAGGCACAGAGAAAGCCCCUGAUCUGAGCCAACGGGUCUCUGAAAAUCAGACUCAGAAACUGGAUUUCGUAAGUUCAGAAAUCACUAAUGGCAAACCACAAGAAGAAGACGUGGUAUUUCUGGAAAACACAGUUGCUGUCAGUAUCCUUGUGGAAAGAGCAAUGCAUCUGAGUUUAAAAGGGAGUCCUUUGACAGAACGUGAAGUAAAAGCACCCAGUAGCUGUGUCUCAUUUGCUGUUGCUGGUGAAGAUGCUCCGAUAACCACUUCAGUAAUAGAAAAUACAGACUCACCGGUCUGGGACUUUCAGCAACAAGCAAGGUUAUCCAAAGAGCUUUUGCUGGAUCCACAGCAAACCUUGGUCUUCAAAGUCUGGCAUAAAGCAG